AUGGAGCAAAAAUUUUCCAAUAACACAUUCAGUUUCAACCUUCAAAUUGCCAGAUUUGAUGUCCCUCCUCAAGCCAUUUAUCCUGUUUUUAUCACUGGAGCUCUGAUCUAUUUGUUUGCAGUGUUCUGUAAUGUAAUAAUUUUAGCAUUGAUUGUUACCCAGCAAAGCCUUCAUAGACCAAUGUUUUACAUUUUGUUCAGCCUUCCUUUGGCAGAUUUAAUGGCAAUUACAUGUGCCUUGCCCAGAGUGCUACUGGAUAUUGUAACCCAGACAAAUAUGGUCUAUUAUCCAACAUGUGUCCUGCAGGGGUUUUUGCUUCAUUUAUAUGGAGGUAGUGUACUUUUUAUCCUGGCAGCCAUGUCAUUUGAUCGCUACAUCGCAAUAUGCAAGCCACUGAGGUAUAACUCUAUCAUGAGUCCAUACACAGUUGGUGGUGUGAUAGCUCUGGCUUGGGGCCUUGACAUUUCCAUGAUUGUUGUGUUGUUUGCUCUUCAGGCAAGAUUUCCAAAAUGUAAAACAGUCAUUUUUAAUGUGUAUUGUGGCAAUAAUACACUGUUAAAGCUUUCAUGUGGUGGUGACUUUACUGUGAACAAUGUUUAUGGAUUAACUAUAACUGGAGUUAUGCAGGGCAUUAGUGUGACUAUUCAAUUAUUCUCCUAUGCACAAAUUCUUAAAGCCUGUCUUUCCCACACACAAACUAAUGUUAGAAGUAAGGCUGUAAACACGUGUUUAGCACAGAUAAUUACCUUUGUUCUGUAUGAAAUAGUUUCUACCUUUACCAUAGUUUCAUAUCGUUUUCAGAAUAUACCACCCAAUGCACAAAAAAUAUGCGGCAUGCUGAUUUUCACCAUUCUUCCAAUUAUUAAUCCAAUUAUAUAUGGAAUGAAAACAAGAGACAUCAGAAAUUCAUUUGUCAUAGUGCUGAAAAAACGAAAGGUGGCAUUUACAUAA